AUGUCCGCUUCUUUCGUAUGUCUGAAAGACAUAAGAAACGUAAAUGAAGUCAGAUUUCUCACCUGUGCCGUCAAGAAUGUUGUGCAAAUUGAUUAUCCCAAAGCCGAGGAUAGGAAAGGUAUUUUUGAAAGCGUUUUGUGUUAUUCAUCUGUUUAGGAACGUUGAUCUUGGAAGUCAUUGACAAAACUGUGGAGAAUCCAGUAGAAUGUUGGAUCAUGUUUGACAGAAAGCGACCAUUCAUCGGUGUGAUAGCGAGAGGAUUAGUUCUCUGCCUGCGGAAUGUUACGGUCGACGUAAGAGUCUUGCGCUUGGUACUUAGACAAUUUAUGUUUGUUCUGUUUUCAUUGAUGUUUUUCAGACAGUAAAUGACACUCCGGUGUUGGUGGUGGAUCCAGUCGAUGAUCCAUUAUGCAGAUACUUUGGAUUUUCGUUAACGCAAGGCGAUCUCCAUUGUAUUUUAUCUUAUGGGAAGUUGGAAGAAAAUCAGAAAGCAAUUUGCGAUGGGGAGGAGAAGAGAGUGAGUUUCUCUAGGUGUUUUUUUUUCUAGUUUUAGAUAUUAGUGACUUUUACAUCUCUUUCCAGUUGCGAGGAGUUCGUCAAUUUAUGUCCGAGAAAUAUCCGGAGCUUUCCGUCGACGCCCGGCGUCUAUUCAAAGUGCAGGUCACGGAAUUAGAGACUUUUCUUAAGAUCAAACAAGAAGAAGAGGAACGUCAAGUCGAGGGAGAUAUUGAUACGUCUUCGGUUGUCUGUGAAACAGAGAUUGAACAGCGUAAUCUUCAAAUGGAUGUUGUUGGCACACACAACAAUGAGAAUGUUGAUCCACAGACCUCAUGGCAAGAUCCUGUCCUGUUGGCAAUCCAGAAUCCUGUCCGACAAGCUCCGAAGCCCCAGUUGGACUUCACAUGCCAGCUAACUCCAAUUCAAUACACAAAUCCAUGUCGUUAUUACAAUAUAGCAUGUCAGGUAUGUAGCACUAUGAUUAGGGUUUAAUUUUUAGGUUGUUGGCGUUUAUGAUCGGAAUCCUUCGAAUGUUGCGGUCAGGAUUACUGAUGGAACCUUUGUCAAAAACCGGCAAGUUUUUCAUGCAUUGAGCUAUAUUCUUCAUUAAUAGCUGUAUUUUAUUUAUGACAUGUUUUCAGGGAGUUGGUCAAAAUCCCGUUGUUUGAUGCAGAUGGAACUGUCAAUCAAGACCUGGCUGACAAAUUCAGUGACCGGUUAUAUGACGUCGACUUCUAUGAUGAAUAUGCGGAUGUGGCCAGACUGUUUAGUGUAGGUUUCUAUGCAUCAUUUUGAGCGUUUGUCUCUAGCCUGGUGAUCUUGUGGUCAUUGUGAAUGUACAUACAUAUGUCAACAACCGAAGUGGCGAGAUCUUCACCGUCCAUCGGAACGGGCAACGAUUUAAGCGAGGAAUCUACGAAAUCAAGGCCGAUUCUACGAUUGGAACUGCUCUUUUGAAGCAAGUUUCUCUUAGUUUUGGGCUAAAAGAAUGUAAUAUUUGGUUGAUAACGGUAAUGUAAUUUUAGCAACCUCGCUCGUGCCCAACAAAAAAGCCCGGCAAAUCGACCGUAA